UGUCGAGAUGGACAGAGUAUGCCAUCUGCACCUUUUCACAGAAUCCUACGACCCCUUCUACUCGGCACUUUCGUACUGGGAUGCUUUGUGACUCUGUUUUUGAUGUAUUUUAAACCAUCCACCAGCUGGUUAUCGGGACCUGUGGAGUCAACAGAAUCCACAGACCGGGUCAAGAACCUCUUCUCCACCAAGAGUGAUAGAAACGUAACCACCGUAUUGAUCUGGCUGUGGCCCUUCGGACAAACCUACGACCUGAGUGUGUGCAGCUCUCUCUUCAACAUCGAGGGCUGUUUCAUCACAGCGGACAGGAACCUCUACAACAAGUCGGAUGGGGUCGUCAUCCAUCACCGAGACAUCUGCACUGACCAGUCUAACCUGCCGCCAGUCCAGCGACCCUCCUUCCAGAAGUGGAUAUGGAUGAACUUGGAGUCACCGUCGCACUCCUCCCAGCUUCCUGGGAUCGAGAACCUGUUCAAUCUGACUCUCAAUUACCGUCAGGAUGCUGAUAUUGAAGUGCCUUAUGGGUCCAUUGUAGCAGCGGAGGGCGAAGAGGACUUUGUCCCACCCAGCAAAAACAAGCUGAUCUGCUGGAUUGUGAGCAACUGGAACCAGGACCAUGUGCGGGUGAAAUACUACAAUGAACUGUACAAACACAUUGAGGUUCACGCAUAUGGACAAGCCUUUGGAGAGUACAUCUCUGACCAAGACUACUUCCCCACAAUUGCCAGCUGUAAGUUCUACCUGGCUUUUGAGAACUCCAUCCACAAGGACUACAUUACUGAAAAACUGUACAACCCGCUCUCUGUGGGGACGGUGCCAGUGGUUCUUGGUCCGCCCAGGCAGAACUACGAGAACUUUAUCCAGGGGGACGCCUUCAUCCACGUGGACGACUUCACUUCGCCCAAGGAGCUGGCUGAUUACCUGCUGCUCCUGGAUAAGAAUGAGGAAAUGUACCUCAGGUACUUUGAGUGGCGGCGGCACUUUAAAGUAAAGAAGGCCUAUUUCUGGGCAGAGCACACAUGCCUGGCUUGUGAUUACCUGCGUAGGCACAAGGAGUACAAGGCAUUUAAUAAUCUUGACAAGUGGUACUGGGGCGGAUAG